CACUAAAGUACAAGACAACAACGCCAUUUUCUUAUCCCAUUUCUUUCCCCACAAAAUUCCCUCCAUACCUUAUUUUAACAACCUCAGCAAACACCCAUUUCACCAUUUUUACAUGAUAGUAGUAGCUACUACUAUAACAUAAACAGUCUUUUUCUCUGUCCAUGAAAAGCCAUGCAAAUGCAAAUAUUCAUCUUCUUUUUUAUUACUCUUCCUUUGGUUAUAUGUGCUCUAAAUCAAGAAGGGUUAUAUCUACAAAGACUCAAACACUCUCUCUCAGACACACAAGGUGUAAUAUUUUCUACUUGGUCUGAACAUGAUCCUACACCAUGUAACUGGACAGGUGUCACCUGUAACAACAACGCUGGCGUCGUUGGCAUUAAUCUUUCCGGUGCUUCUCUAGCCGGACCUUUUCCUGUUUUCCUAUGCCACUUACCUUUACUUUCAUCACUCUCUCUUUCCAAUAAUCUCAUUAACUCCACUCUUCCACUUACUAUUUCUGAGUGUCGUAGCCUUACGUACCUUGACCUUUCUCAGAAUCUCCUAGGUGGCACAAUUCCCGAGGCAAUCGCUGAUUUACCAUACCUCAGAUACCUUAAUCUUAGCGGGUGUUCUUUUUCGGGGAAUAUUCCAGCAAGUUUUGGGAGAUUCCGGCAACUUGAGACUCUUGAUCUAACUGAGAACAUUCUUACUGGUAAAGUUCCAGCUGUGUUAGGUAAUGUAACGAGUCUCAAGAGACUUGAACUCGCUUACAACCCGUUUGUACCGAGUCAUUUUCCUCCAGAACUCAGUAACUUAACGAACCUUGAGACAUUAUGGCUAAGCAUGUGUAAUCUUGUUGGUUCAAUUCCACUUAGUAUUGAGAAAUUGAGUCGAUUGACUAAUUUCGACGUGUCCAAUAAUGGACUCGUUGGAUCAAUACCAAGUAAGAUUUCCCAGCUUAACAGUAUUGUCCAAAUGGAGCUUUACAAUAAUUCCCUUACUGGAGUUUUGCCAAUGGGAUGGUCUAACUUGACUAAAUUGAGAAGGCUCGAUGUGUCCACGAACAAGUUAACCGGGACGAUUCCUGAUGAGUUGUGUGAGUUGCCACUUGAGUCACUCAAUUUGUUUGAGAACAAAUUUGAGGGGUUGUUUCCAGAAAGUAUAGCUAAGUCUCCUAAUUUGUAUGAGCUUAAGUUAUUCUCUAACAGAUUUUCUGGUUCAUUGCCUAGUGAACUUGGAAAGAAUUCAGCUUUACAGAAUCUUGAUGUUUCAUACAAUAAAUUUUCUGGUAAAAUUCCUGAAAGUUUGUGUGAAAUGGGAGCUUUAGAGGAUCUUAUUAUGAUAUAUAAUUCAUUCUCGGGGAGUGUUCCGGAUAGUCUUGGCAAGUGCUGGAGUUUACUUAGGGUCAGGUUUCGGGGUAAUGAGCUAUUCGGGGAAGUCCCAACUGAGUUUUGGAGUUUGCCUCAGGUUUAUCUCUUAGACCUUUUUGGCAAUGCAUUUUCAGGAAAUAUAUCACACAUGAUUUCUGGUGCCAAAAAAUUGUCUAACUUACAAAUAUCAAGAAACAAACUCUCAGGGGUUAUACCUAGUGAAAUAGGACAAUUGAAGAAUUUAGUAGAGUUUUCCGCGAGUCAUAAUGAGCUAACGGGAGAAAUUCCGGGCACAUUAGUGCAUCUAGGGCAGUUAGGAACACUUGAUCUUAGUUUCAAUGAGCUAUCCGGGGAAAUCCCCUUGGGAAUUCAGACAAUGAAGCAACUCAGUGAGCUUAACUUAGCUAACAACGGAUUUUCUGGGGAAAUUCCAGAUGAAAUUGGGACUUUGCCAGUGCUUAAUUAUCUCGAUCUUUCUGGGAAUUACUUCUCAGGGGAAAUCCCACUUAGCAUGCAGAGUUUGAAGCUUAAUAAGCUAAACUUGUCUAGUAAUCGCCUGUCAGGGAUGAUUCCGGAAAUUUUUGAUAAGGGUGUUUAUAGAAAUAGCUUUCUAGGUAAUCCAGGUUUGUGUCAAGGUGUUGCUGGUAUUUGUCCUAGCAAAGGUAGAGGAGAGAAUGAAAGAUACUUGUGGACUUUGAGAGCUAUUUACACAGUUGCUGGCUUCGUUUUUCUUGUCGGGAUUGCUUUGUUCAUUUGGAAGUACCAGAAAUUCAAGAAGAUUAAGAAAGGAAUCACUAUGACAAAGUGGACAUCGUUCCAUAAGCUUGGAUUCAGUGAAUUUGAAAUACCCGAUGGGCUAGAUGAAGCCAAUGUUAUUGGAAACGGAGCUUCAGGAAGAGUUUACAAAGCUGUUCUAAGCAAUGGCGAGGCAGUAGCAGUCAAGAAACUAUGGGAGAGAACAGUUAAAGAUGAAACCCCUCAUGGACACGAGUUUGAAAUUGAAGUUGAAACUCUGGGUAAAAUUAGGCACAAGAAUAUUGUGAGAUUGUGGUGCUGUUGUGAUACUGGGGAUAGCAAGCUCUUGGUAUACGAGUACAUGCCAAAUGGAAGUUUGGGCGAUUUGCUGCACAGUUGCAAGGCCAAAUUGUUGGAUUGGCCGUUGAGAUUCAAAAUAGCUUUAGAUGCAGCUGAGGGUAUAUCUUAUUUGCACCAUGAUUGUGUUCCUCCAAUUGUUCAUCGGGAUGUUAAGUCAAACAACAUAUUGCUGGAUGAUAAGUUUGGAGCCAAAAUUUCAGAUUUUGGCGUGGCAAAAAUUGUUAAUUCAGCCAGCAACGGUGGAGUCGAAUCCAUGUCUGUAAUUGCUGGUUCCUGUGGUUACAUUGCACCAGAGUAUGCCUAUACACUUCAUGUGAAUGAAAAGAGCGACAUAUAUAGCUUUGGAGUGGUCAUUUUGGAGCUGGUGACAGGCAGAAGACCAGUUGGUCCAGAAUUUGGGGAGAAAGAUCUAGCUACUUGGGUGCUCACGACCUUGAACGAGAAAGGAGUCGAUCAGUUGCUCGACCCAAAUCUGAAUUCUAGCUUCAAAGAACAUAUAUGCAAGGUUCUUGAUAUUGGUCUAUGUUGUCUUAACCAUAUUCCAGCUAAUCGUCCCUCAAUGCGCAGAGUUGUGAAAAUGCUCCAAGAAUCAGUUCCUUAUAAUGUGCCAGGAAUGGAACACAAGAAUGGUAUACUUUCCCCUAACUUUCCAAAGUCAGUUUAGUUAUUAGAUCAAGUAAUAGAGCAGCUGUGUUUCCUGUCAAGAAUUGGCAAGGAAGAAGCUGCAUAAUGAUAAAUUAUUAGUCUUUUGCAAGAAUUAAGCAUAUUGUAAUAUUGUACUCUUUGAAUUCUACAACCCUUUAUGAAUCUAUAUUAUGAGGAUUCAUCAUCAAUUGAUAAUUUUUACGCU